UUUUUCAGCUUUCAAUUUCAAUUUGUGCCUAGUCUUUCAUUCCAUCUUCACUGAUUUAGUUUAGUCCACUUGAAACGACAUCGUAUUGUGCCGUUAGCCUUCUUCAAUCUUCACCAAAAUUUAUCUCAUCCAGCAACCAUUUCCGUUACUACCUCCAUCUUCACAGCUUUAAAACAAUCAGAGCUUCCAAAAUUAUAUCACUGAUGAGUUCUUUUAAGAACCCUUCAUCCAGAAAGCAGCAGAAACAUGAGAAAAGGGAGGCUUUAGGAGUGAGUUUCAGGCCCGAAAACUUCAUCCCGGGCCUCAUUAUCGGGUUCAUAUUCGGGUUCUUUUUGGACUUGGCUAAGCCCGCAAAAAGCCCGACUGGCAGGAAAAUUGGGAGCUCACCAACUACCAAACAUCAACAGCAGCCAAGAACUGUGUCCACCAACAAUGAUGAAGAGCUCAAAAUGGUCUUAGUAGUUAGGCAAGAUCUGAAGAUGGGAACCGGCAAAAUCGCUUCUCAAUGUGCUCAUGCUGCUACCGGCAUGUAUGCAGAGCUUGUUCAAAGCAACAGAUCUCUCCUGAGGCACUGGGAGCUCUGCGGACAAGCCAAAAUAGUCGUUACGUGCAAAAACCAGCAAGAAAUGAAUAAGAUAAAGGAUGCUGCCGAGGACAUUGGCCUCCCGACUUUCACAGUUGCUGAUGCAGGACGAACUCAGGUUUCUGCUGGUUCGAAAACUGUCCUUGCAGUCGGACCGGGUUCGUUUCCUGUCUUGUUUCAUAUUUUUUUCUUUUUUGAAUGCAAGAAAGCCUCUACUCGACAUUGAACACUUGUUGAGCUCAGUAAUCCUCUAAAGUGGGGAGACGCGUAUAUUUUCUUGAAAACACACUUUCUAUCAUAGUUUGCCACGAAAUAAUUCACUCCCACCAUUUAUCUAUACACUAUCACUCGAAUCCCCUCGUGUGAAACUAGUCGGAGAGUCGAUUUGCAAUACGAGGGAGGUGUAGAUGGUCGAGCAGAAACGCGUUUUCUGAAUACUAGAUAAUACCAAAACUACAAAUUGUGUUUGUGGAUGAAGAUAGACAUUUGUUGGAGUUAGUGUGUGUUGUGUGUGAGAAUAACACAUUGGUAUUUUAUGUUAUUUUUGGUAUUGGAACAGGGAAUAAAUCGGCUGUGGACAGUGUAACGGGGAAGCUGCGGUUGCUUUGACAUCAUUGGUGCCUCUAUUCUAUUCUAUUGUUUGUGUAGCAUAGAUAGAUGCUAAGUGCAGUGUAGAGAGAGAGGUUUUCAAUCUUGAUAUUCUUAUUUGUUUUUCAGUUUCUGAUAUAAGAAUCUGCAAUCUUGAUAUUCU